ACUUACAGUGCAGCAUUUACAGACAACAUGCAGUCACACAGCUACAUUAAACUUACAAAAACGCUCUUGCAGGUCAGAGGUGACCAAACUACAACUCCCAAGCAGCACCGGUGCAGAGCCGCCGCUGAGUGUUGGCAGCAGGCCGGGCCAAAGAUGCUGCUCGGGGUCCCAACAUGACCGCUGCUCACCAACAGGACGAGCUGUGACGACCCCGGAUAAGAUGGAGGAGCAGCUUUUUCGGUCUGUGGAGGGCCAGGCAGCUUCUGACGAGGAGGAGGACAAAUGGACCGGAGAUCAGCAGAGGCAGGUGGCUGAAGUGAAGAGGAUCUUAACCAGGCUGUCCUGCUGUGGGGAAAGGUGCGACGAUAAAGCAUUCAAGAAGCUGAUGUCUAAUUUCGGGAGCUCGAGGAGCGAGGAGAGCUGCAGUGCUGUGGUGGAGCUUCUGGAGAGAGUGACCAGGUUGCAUAAACAGCUCGAGCUGAAGGAGAGCCAGGCAGAGAUCGACAUGGACCAGAUGAAGGACUCUCUGUUGCAGGAGCUGCAGCAGAAGGCAGAGGAGACUGAGCUGCUUCAGAUGGAGCUGCAGAUGCUGGAGACAGAGAGGGUCCGUCUGUCGCUGGUGGAGGAGAAACUGGUGGACAUCCUGCAGCUCCUCCAGCAGCUCAGAGACCUGAACGUCUCACGCAGGUCUCUGGGGAAGAUCUUGCUCAGCACUUUGGAGUCUUGUAGCGACCCGCAACACGGGAAAGCCCACAUUCUGGAGGUGCUCAACGCUCUCUAUCACGAACUGGCUGCCUGUGAGAUUCUGUCAACUGGCGGCCCUUUGGAGCGAACACAGAGUCAGCAGUCUCUGAACACCCUCAUCAUCUCCUGCUAAACAUCACUGCCUCCUGCUGGGCCAAUCACCAACCAGCAGACUUUUUAAAGGACACUGAAAAGUUGAACAGUUGUCAUAAACCAAGCUAAUUACUGUGUAUAGUGUAUCAUAUGUCUCAUAUAUAUUCCUCAGGCCCUAUUAUCUAUAAAGGGAUGUUAGUUUAGAAAGUUAAUUAGUGCAGCAAAAUGCUUUCUACAUAUAAAGGAAAUUCUUUCUUAUAUAUUUUUUCAAGAUUUUUAUAUUGCACAUAACUCAUUCAUGUUUCAAUAAGGAUUUUUUCCCCCAAGUGAAGAGUUCUGAAUGUGAAUAUGUUGAUUUAAGCUAACCCUGAUAUAUCAUGUCAACUGGUCUGUGAAAUGUAUCUGGACAAAAACAUCCCUUAUAGAACUGAAUAAAUUCAUCUCAAUCUUGGAGAUUCAUCAAACA